ACAAAAAGGCGAGCAACCGGCCAAGCUCUCAAACAAAGCGCCGUAUCUGACCGCGAGGGGGCCACGGGGCCCAGAGUCUCGCAGGGUCAUACAGAGACAGAGACACACAUAAAGAGGGCCGUCCCUGUCUUGCAUGUCUGAACGGAAACCCUCGAAACCACGAAACAAACGCGGCGGAGAGCGCAAAGGUCCCGAUGCAAGAGUGCUCGCAGCGCCGUCAUCUACUGGUACUGCCAAUGUUCCACGAACUGUAUCACAGCGUGGCUCUGCACAGUCUGGACGGGGUGCGCAUUCCUGUGCAUCGCGCGCGCAACAUGCUUCUGCACGAAGGCGCGAUACGAGACCGCAGCAGCGUUUGAGGAUCGUGGUUCGACAUCUCCCGCCGACGCUACCGGAGGAUGUCUUUACUUCUACAUUCGAACGUUAUUCAGAGCUCAAGAAGGUGGAAUCUAUCACAUAUCUGCAGGGCAAGAUGCCGAAGCAAAAGACAAAACAACCGCGCGCAAGUCGUGCAUACAUCAAGUUUCGUCGGCAGGAAGAUCUGGCUGCUUUCAUGAAGGCUUUUAAGGGUCAUGUUUUUGUGAAUGGCGAGGGCCACGAGUUUAUGGCACAGGUGGAGCUUGCGCCGUUACCUAAAGCGCACAAUACGGGUGCAUCGGGUUCGCAAGAUGCACUGAUGGGUACACUGGCAGAUGACCCUGAUUAUCUUGCGUUUCUCAAUCCACCAGAGCAGCCGGCUGUUGAGGAGUCCUCAGAGCCAGCAGACCCGAGAGUGACGCCGCUCAUUGAGUUUCUUCGCGCACAAAAGGUCAAGAAUGACGCCAAGCAAAAGAUCAAGAAGGCAGAAAAGGCCAAGUUGCAGGAGGAAAAACGUCAAGCAGCUCAGGAUCUGGCAGAUGCUGCAACAGAAAAGGUCAAGGCACAGAUGGCCGCGCAGAACAACGCUGAUGGAUCCAAGUCACGCAAGGGCAAGCGACGCGAUGCAAAGGAUGCUGAAUCUACACCGAGCCAGAGUAAUCAGAAUAAACCUGUCGUCAAGAAUGGCAAAAAGGGCAGUGCUUCAUCGCUUUCUGUCUGCCAGGGACACGAAAAGAAGGCUGCUAUUGCUGAUGUUACAAAGACAGGAAAUGCUCGAAAGUCGAAUGACACCUGUCCUUCUACAAAGGAUUCCAAGGCGCCAAAGGGCAAGCCGAAUGGGAGUGAACAUCUAACGAACGGUGGCCCGAAAUCAGGCAAGGCUGUGCGCAAGCAGCGUGCCCCCAAGAAGCAGACCAGCGUCAAUUCCAGUAACAAACUCGUGGAUCUGAGCGGGCCAACUCCAGCAGAGAUGGCUGCUGCCCAUGCCAAGACCAAAACUUGACAUUUUUUCGCAUUCACUUCAAAUGAUUUUAAAGCUUAUUCAAACAAGCUCCUGAUUCUCGGCACUGGCUUCUUCGCCAGGGUCGUCAAGUUGUCUCAUGGCUCGAUCCAUGGGGCUAGCUCACUUGACGGUGCAGUAUGGUCUCGUUUUGAGGUUCUUCGAUGAUGGUCGAACUCCUCGUCAGCUUGCAGUUGAGGCAGCACGUUGGCUGAACACUGGCUGAAGCCUGAUGGCUCUGCAAGGGUACGACCAGAACGCGCUUCUCCAGUCGGGUAUGUUCAGAUCGAGAUAGGCACUAUAUAAGUACUCCGGACAGCGUCUUGCUUCCUUGAACUCUGUAGGAAGCUCUUCAAGCUUGAA